AUGCCGCCAAAAGACGAAAUUAUUCCGGCUAUUCAAGAAGAAUUCCCAAAACUAAAUGUCGUAGUGAUUGGUCUUGGGAUGGUUGGGGUAUAUUUUAUUGAAAAAUUAAUAAGUUUUGAUACUCGAAAAAGGUUUAGAAUCGAAACUUUUAGUGAAGAACCAGUAGUGGCAUAUAACAGAGUCGGGUUGACUCAAUACUUUUCUCACCGGUCUGAAGAAAGAUUGUACAUGCAAACUCCUUCUUGGUAUGAGGAACAAGAUGUUACCGUUCACUUAGGUGAUAAAGCAGAAAGAAUUGAUCGUGAAAAUAAAAUUGUCUACUCAUCAAAAGGUCUUGCUGUACCUUAUGACUAUUGUGUCCUCGCCACCGGUUCUUAUGCCUGGAAACCUCCAAUGCCAAAUGUCAAUAGUUCUGGUGUAUUUGUUUAUCGUACUAUUGAAGAUUUGAAUAAGAUUAUUGCCUAUGCUGCCAAUUGUAAAAAAUCGGCUGUGAUUGGUGGCGGUUUACUUGGUCUUGAAGCCGCCAAGGCUUUACAUGAUCUUGGGUUAGAUCUAACUAUUGUGGAAGCUAGUCCUAUUUUAAUGCCUCGACAAUUGGAUAAAAAAGGAGCAAAAUUAUUACUUUCCGAAAUCGAAAAAUUGGGAAUCACUCAUGCCUUAGGUACACCACCUAAAGAAGUGGCUAUCGAUGAAAAUAAAACAAUAACAGGAUUGGUUUUUCCAGAUGGUAAAAUUCUAGAAUUAGAUAUGUUGGUAGUUGCUGCCGGAAUUCGUCCGCGUGAUGAAAUAGCUAGAAAUUCUGAUAUUAGUGUUCAUCAAAGAGGUGGUAUAUUCGUUGAUGACAAAUUACAAACCAAUGAUCCAAAUAUCUUCGCAAUUGGUGAAGUGGCUUUACACGGUGGAAUGAUUUAUGGUUUAGUAGCUCCUGGUUAUGAAAUGGCUGAAACUGUUGCUGCAAAUUUAGCAUCUGAAAAAUCGGAUAGAAAGUUUAAUGGCGGUGAUUUAUCGAGUAAACUCAAACUUAUGGGAGUUCAUGUUGCUAGUUUUGGAGAUUAUUUCGCAAAAGACGACGUGGCAAUGCAUCUCACUUACAAGGAUCCAUUUGGUUCAAUAUAUAAGAAAUUAUUGUUCUCCAAAGAUGGUAAAAAACUUUUAGGUGGAAUUUUAGUCGGUGAUACUGAUGAAUACGCCAAACUUCAUGCAUUAUCAAAAUCAAAGAAACCAUUGACCAUGGAACCUGGAGAACUUAUUCUUGGUUUAAAAUCUGGGCAAGCACCUGGUGCUGAUGACUUGCCUGACGAAGCUCAAAUUUGUUCUUGUAAUAACGUGUCUAAAGGUCAAAUUCGUGAUGCCAUCAGAACCAAAAACUGUCGCUCAACUGGUGAAGUCAAGUCUUGUACUAAAGCAGGUACUGGAUGCGGUGGAUGUCUUCCCGUGGUUACCGAAAUUUUGACGAACGAGUUGAAAUCAAUGGGCCAAAAAGUAACUAGUAGUCUGUGCCCUCAUUUCGAAUAUACACGUGUCGAACUCUUCCAAAUUAUCAAGAUUAAAAGGUUAAAGACUUUUAAGGAUAUCAUAGAAACUGCUGGUAAAAAAGGUUCGGUUGGUUGCGAAAUUUGCAAACCAGCUGUUGCUUCAAUUAUUGCGAGUCUGUGGAACGAACCUAUUCUUAAUCAUGCUACUAUACUUGACACGAAUGAUCGUUUCCUUGCCAAUAUUCAACGUGGUGGUUCUUAUUCUGUGGUUCCACGUGUUGCCGGAGGUGAAAUUACUCCCGAGAAACUCAUUGUAUUGGGUCAAGUCGCCAAAAGAUUUGGUUUAUAUACCAAGAUUACGGGUGGUCAACGUGUCGAUCUUUUUGGGGCUAACAAAUAUGAUCUUCCUGAUAUUUGGGAAGACCUUGUAAAUGCUGGUUUUGAAUCUGGUCAUGCUUACGGAAAAUCAUUAAGAACAGUCAAAUCUUGCGUCGGUUCAACGUGGUGUCGUUAUGGAAUUGGUGAUUCGGUAGGUUUCGCUAUUGAAAUUGAAAAUCGAUAUAAGGGUAUACGUUCUCCUCAUAAGAUUAAGGCUGCCGUUUCGGGUUGUGUCCGAGAAUGUGCUGAGGCUCAAGGAAAAGAUUUCGGUCUUAUCGCUACUGAUAAAGGAUUUAAUAUUUAUGUUUGUGGAAAUGGUGGUGCACAACCAAAACACGCAGCGGUGUUGGCAAAAGAUGUUCCAGAAGAAUUAUGUAUUAAAUAUUUGGAUCGAUUCCUAAUGUAUUAUAUUCAUACUGCUGAUAAAUUAACACGAACAGCGAGAUGGCUUGAGAAAAUGGAUGGUGGAAUUAAUUACCUUCGUUCUGUAGUUAUCGAUGACAAGCUUGGAAUAUGUAAAGAAUUAGAAGAAGACAUGUCACAUUUGAUCAAUACAUAUCACUGUGAAUGGACAGAAGUAGUCAAAGAUCCAAGCCGACGAGCUUACUUCAAACAAUUCUUGAACACGUCAGAAACCCAACCCGAAAUAGAACAUAUAAUAGAACGCGGUCAACGACGUCCAGCCGAUUGGCCCAAAGUAUUUCCAGAACCUUAUGAAAAACCAAAAGCUGAUCAUUUGAAUGAUAAAAAAUCAUGGGUUAAAAUAGCACCAAUAAAUUCAUUUCCUGAAGGUGGAGGUCAAGUUGUAAAAUAUGGAGAUACCCAAAUUGCCAUAUUUAAUGUAGGUGGAACGCGUUGGUAUGCAACACAAAAUAUGUGUCCACACAAGAGAGCUUUUGUACUUUCUAGUGGUAUGAUGGGUGAUGAUGCAAAUGGGACUGUACACGUUAGUUGCCCAAUGCAUAAGAAAAACUUUGCCCUCGAAACAGGGGAAUGUAUUUCCGGUGAUGUUGAUUUAAAACUUAUGACCUUUGAUAUUAAGACUGAAGAUAAUUACGUAUGGCUUGAACUUCCUCCAUCACAAGAAUUAGAUCGAUUACUUGGAACAAGUAAAUGGAUUGUCACUAGAAAGCACACUAAAAAAGAAAAAGAAUCACAGUCAGGCAUGAUAGAGAUUGUAGGAAGUACGGAAGCUGUUGGUUGUGGAGAUGUAGCAUGUGGAGAUACGAAACUUGAUUGGUAG